AAAGGCCUAACUGACCUGUUCGAGUCUGUCAUGCACACACACAGUCCCACUUGGGAUGAUUGCCAGCAGCUUCUUAAGACCUUAUUCACCAUCAAGGAGCGCGAGUGGAUCCUCACGGAGGCCAGAAAGAAUGUCCCCGGCGACAACAGGCGGCCGACGACCUUGCCGAACCUGAUCGACGAGCGCUUUCCCCUGAAUAGACCGGAUUGGGGCUUUGGGAACGCAGAAGGUAGGGAGAGUCUCCAAGUCUACUGCCAGACUCUUAUGGCAGGUCUCCGAGCGGCGGCACGCCGCCCCACCAAUUUGGCCAAGGUAAAAGCUAUAAUGCAAGGGGAAAAUGAAAGCCCGGCCGUGUUUUUAGAACGCCUCUAUGAUGCUUACAGACAGUACACCCCGUUGGACCCCCUGGCAGAGGAAAACCAGUCGGCUGUAAUUAUGUCCUUUAUAAACCAGGCUGCCCCAGAUAUUAGGAAGAAAUUGUACAAACAGGAGGGACUGGGAGAGAUGUCCAUUCGGGAUUUAAUGAAAGUAGCGGAGAGAGUCUUCAACACUCGAGAGACUCCCGAAGAAAGGGAGGAUAGAAUUAGGAAAGAAAAUCAGGAAUUACAGGAACGAAUCAGGAAGGAAGACAGAGAGCAUCAGAGCAGGGAGAACAGGAGGCAGCAGAGGGAGAUGGCCAAGAUCUUGUUGGCAGGCUUGCAAAGCACAGUCAGGGUGGGACUGUGUCCGGCCGGACCAGCCCGACCGUGGAGACCGCGGCCCCAACUGGAUAGGGGACAGUGUGCAAACUGCAAAGAAUAUGGACAUUGGAAGAGGGAGUGCCCCAAGUGCCAGGGCCAAACAGGGCAAGACGUACGGGUCCUGCUGGCGGGGAUGGAGAGUGACUAGGGGAGACGGGACUUGGAUCCCUUCCCCGAGUCUUGGGUAACUGCGUAUGUGGAGGGGAAGCCAGUAGGAUUCAUGGUAGACACAGGAGCCCAGUACUCAGUUUUGAAUAAGCCUACGGAGCCCUUAUCUCAGAAAACCAGUUUGGUGCAAGGGGCAACUGGGUCCAAGGCUUAUCGGUGGACUAGUAGGCGCCAAGUGGACUUAGGCCACCACCAAGUGACCCACUCCUUCCUAGUUAUCCCUGAAUGCCCUGCCCCCUUAUUGGGGCACGAUCUCCUGACUAAGAUCAGGGCCCAGAUCCAUUUUGAGCCGGAUGGCAUUAAGGUAUUGGAUGGCCAAGGACAGCCCCUCCACAUUUUGACCCUGUCUCUUGUGGAUGAACAUCGCCUGUUCGCCCUGCAGGACAACCCCUACAACCCUCCCUCUACAGAAUGGCCCCGUGAUAUGGAUUAUUGGCUUAAAACGUACCCUCAGGCGUGGGCGGAAAUAGCGGGUGUGGGCCGGGUGGCCCGCCGAGCACCAGUAGUGGUGGAACUUAAAGCCUCGGCCCAGCCUAUCCGGAUCCGCCAGUACCCCAUGUCUGCAGAGGCGCGGAAAGGGAUUGCCCCGCACAUUAACCAUUUACUGGAAGCUGGAAUACUGAAACCUUGCCAUUCUGCCUGGAACACCCCACUUCUCCCCGUUAAGAAACCGGGGGGAAAAGAUUAUAGGCCAGUCCAGGACUUGAGGGAAGUGAAUAAGAGGGUUGAAGACAUCCACCCCACGGUCCCCAACCCUUAUACCUUACUAAGUCACUUGCCCCCUUCACAUGUCUGGUAUACUGCCUUAGAUCUAAAGGAUGCUUUUUUUAGCAUAGCCCUGGCACCCAGCAGCCAACACAUUUUUGCCUUCGAAUGGAAUGAUGGCAAUACGGGAACCCCCGGGCAGCUGACCUGGACUAGACUACCGCAAGGCUUCAAAAACUCUCCAACUCUGUUUAAUGAAGCCCUAAAUCAGGAUUUGGACUCGUUUCGCCAGAGCCAUAAUUCAGUUACGCUCCUGCAGUACGUAGAUGACUUGCUUCUGGCGGCCCCCUCCGAAGCUGAAUGCCGACAGACCACUGGAGACCUCCUCCAGGAGCUGGGGCAGUUGGGCUAUCGGGCCAGUGCAAAGAAGGCUCAAAUAUGCAGGCAAACAGUCACCUACCUGGGGUAUAAGCUGAAAGAAGGAACCAGAUGGCUGACAGAGGCCAUGAAAGAGACUAUUCUUAGACUUCCAGUCCCGACCUCAGCACGAGAGGUCCGUGAGUUUUUAGGGACGACAGGCUACGGCCGGCUGUGGAUUUUGGGGUAUGGUGAAAUAGCAAAACCUCUGUAUGAGGCAACCAAGGAUAAGGUCCCUUGGGCCUGGGGGUCAGACCAACAGAAGGCCUACGAUGAACUCAAGGUCGCUCUCCUAAGAGCCCCGGCUCUGGCAUUGCCAGACCCCCUGAAGCCCUUCACUCUCUUUGUUGAUGAGAGGAGGGGAAUAGUGAAAGGGGUGCUAAUGCAGCGUCUGGGGCCCUGGAAACGUCCGGUUGCCUAUUUAUCCAAGAAGCUAGAUCCAGUUGCAGCAGGAUGGCCCCCGUGCUUAAGGAUCAUUGCGGCAGUAGCCCUAAUGGUGAAGGAUGCUGAUAAACUCACUUUUGGGCAACAUCUGAAGGUAGUGACCCCCCAUGCGAUCGAGGGGGUCCUGAAAUAUCCCCCUGGUAGGUGGAUGACUAAUGCCCGACUAACCCAUUACCAAGGACUCUUGCUAGAUGCACCCCGGAUAAUCUUCGCUGAACCCACCGCUCUGAAUCCAGCCACCCUGCUGCCGACCCCGGCUCUGAGAGCUCCCCUGCAUGAUUGCCAAGAGAUCAUGGCAGAAGUCACCCAGGUGCGCCCCGACCUCCAGGACACCUCACUACCCAACAGUGAGUUGGUAUGGUACACUGAUGGAAGCAGCUUCGUUAUAGAUGGUGUGCGGAGGGCAGGCGCAGCGGUGGUAGACCAAGGCGGAAACAUCAUUUGGAGUGCCUCGCUUUCCCCGGGGACAUCAGCACAGAAGGCCGAACUGAUCGCGCUGGCGGAGGCGCUGGCGGGCGUCUCCGAAGGGAGACGAGUGACUGUCUACACCGAUAGCCGCUACACCUUUGGCACUGUCCAUGUGCAUGGCGCUAUCUACCGGGAAAGAGGCUUUGUUACAGCGGAAGGAAAGGCUCUGCGCAAUCUUCCUGAGGUACGAAGACUGCUGAUGGCCAUGCAAAUGCCCCAGGCAGUAGCAGUUGUCCACAUCCCUGGGCACCAGUCUGCCCAGACCCGGGAAGCUGAAGGAAACCGGCGAGCGGAUGAAGCCGCCAAGGCAGUGGCAGUAGCUUCAUCAGCUUUAGCACUCACAUCUGAUCAGCAGGAGUGGCAUCGGGAUACAGAAGGAAGAUUGAUAUUGCCGGCACAGCUAGGACUGUUUCUUCUUUCCAACCUGCAUCAAGCCACCCACUUAGGAAAAAAGAAGUUGCUGACGAUUCUCGAGUCCGCCCGCCUCCGGUUUCCCCGACAAACGGCUCAGAUUCAAGAGAUCGUAGAUCAGUGCGUUGGGUGCCAGGCUAUGAGACCCAGUAGGAAAGGACCCCAACAGACAGGUACAAGGGUACGGGGAAGAGCGCCGGGACGGAGUUGGGAAGUGGACUUUACUGAGGUAAAGCCUGGGAGGUGUGGGUAUAAGUACUUGCUAGUAAUGGUUGACACAUUUUCAGGCUGGGUGGAAGCCUUCCCCACGAAACGGGAGACUGCCCAAGUGGUUGCUAAGGCGUUACUAGAAGAAAUUAUUCCCAGAUAUGGGGUCCCCGAGGUUUUAGGCUCCGAUAACGGCCCAGCUUUCAUCAGUAACGUCCUACAGGGACUAGCCCGAGCGAUAGGGAUCAAUUGGAAGUUACAUUGUGAAUAUAAUCCCCAGAGCUCAGGGCAGGUAGAGAGAAUGAAUCGGACUCUAAAGGAGACCUUGUCCAAACUAGCCAUCGAGACUGGCGGGGACUGGGUGACCCUCUUACCCUAUGCCAUCUUCCGGGUCCGGAACUCACCAUAUGUAUAUGGUUUGACACCUUUCGAAAUUCUGUAUGGGGCACCACCCCCCAUUAUUGUUCGUACUCUACCAGAUCAUGACCCCAAUGUGGCCCCAAGUUAUCUGGCCAGUUUAAAGGCCCUGCAAGGGGUCCAACAUGAGAUAUGGCCCCUAGUGAGUUCCCUGUAUGAAAUUAAGGACGCCCCGAACCCGGAACAUGGCAUCGUUCCAGGGGAUUGGGUAUGGGUAAGGAGACACAGGUCCCGGACACUGGAGGAAAGAUGGAAAGGUCCUUAUGUGGUUAUUCUGGUUACCCCCACUGCCUUAAAGGUUGACGGCAUUGGGCCUUGGCUCCAUCACUCUCACGUGCGCCAGCUGGAGAAGACGCAAGCUGAGGAGUGGAUCAGUGGAUCGUACGACGACACCCUGAUAACCCUCUGA